ACAUUUGUUUUAAAGUAAAUAAUGUGAGUCGUGACCUCUAUGUGCCACGGGCGGAACCCACAUGUCUGCAGGGUAUUUAUCAGUGGCGACCUCUGUGGGUUUGCAUCACAGAAGCUCAUGCAACCUCGCCUAUAAUCUCUCUGAUACGAAUACCAUAACCUUUGUUUGUCCAUGGUUGACGUUAUUUUUUACGAGUUUGUUGUUUUUAAAUGGGGAAUGGAUAUCAAUUGCUUGGUGAUUCUGGUUUGAACGAAGGAAGUUUGGCAAAUUUUUGAAAAGUCGGGAAUUUGGAACGAGUCUGAAGGAUCAACAAAUGUUAAGAUGGUUCGAUAUGCAGUGCUUAAAGGACUUUAUGAGCUUGAGAAGACAAUUGGUUGUGGUGGAUUUGCCAAAGUCAAACUUGGUACACAUGUGGCAACGGGAGAAAAGGUAGCGGUGAAAAUAAUGGAAAAGUCAGCACUGGGUGAUGACUUGCCAAGGGUCAAGCUUGAAGUUGAUGCUAUGAAGACGUUGGUUCAUCAACAUAUUUGCAGACUCUAUCAAACUAUUGAGACGGAUAGUCACUAUUUCAUGAUCAUGGAGUAUUGCUCAGGGGGUGAACUCUUUGAUCACAUUGUGGAGAAAAAUCGAUUGUCUGAAACUGAGUCUCGAAAAUUUUUCCGACAGAUCGUAUCUGCAGUUGCGUAUCUUCAUAGUCUAGGUUUCGCCCAUCGAGAUUUAAAACCAGAAAACAUUCUACUGGACAAAGAUCAAAAUUUGAAAUUAAUAGACUUUGGACUUUGUGCCAAACCCAAAGGUGGGAUGCAGGCUCACUUGUACACAUCUUGUGGAUCUCCAACUUAUGCAGCGCCAGAAUUAAUUCUUGGCAAAAAAUAUUUAGGAUCAGAAGUUGAUAUUUGGAGUAUGGGAGUGUUAUUGUAUGCACUUCUGUGUGGUUUUCUCCCAUUUGAUGAUAACAGCAUUGAAAGUUUGUAUAGAAGAAUCCUUAGUGGAAAAUAUGAUGAGCCGAGUUGGUUAUCAAGCAGUAGCAAGAGAUUAAUACGCGCCAUGCUGCAAAUUGAUCCGAAAAAAAGAAUUACGGUUGAAGGGCUUACUUGUCACCCUUGGGUAACCGCUGGCUUCUUAAGUCCUGUGACAUUUGUCAGGAAAACCAGUUUGGAGAGAAACGAUGAGGUUCUGAAUACAAUGGCGGCUAUUUGUGCUGAAUCAGUAGAAGAUAUAUGGAAAGCUCUGUCCAGAAGUAAAAGGACUGAUUACCGAACCGCUACCUAUCUAUUGUUGCUUGAUCGAAAGCUCAAAGGAUUAUCAUUGCGCAUUUCGAGCGCCUCUAGGUCACAUUUCCGACGUGAACUCGAUGAAGAAUACUUGGAAGGAGCACAGGUGGUACCUUCAUUAACAAAUUUCAUAACUCACUUGGAUCACUCACCGAGCAAUAAAGGUCGUAAGAAAUCUUCCAGCGAUGAUAAAACAUUCAAUGUUUUACCAAAGACUCCGGACUCUGAAGGAGAAUCAUCGAAGAAUUUUAUACAACCUCCAACACCUGGACGAAAAAGGCUUCGUUCUAGCGAAGAGGACGAUUCGUCUUCACCUAUUCCUGUGAAAAAAGUUGCUGACCAGAAAGGGGCCAUAACGCCGUCAACUCCUGUCGCAUCAAAUUCCAAGGAAAUCCAAUCAACGCCGGGCAGUGCUAAAAAAGUAAUAAUGGGGUUGGAAAGAGGUUUGAAUAAAAUGAGAUGUGUACUGACACCAAAGCGACGAAUAAAGAGUGAGGAGAAUCAUCCAGAUCAACCGAUUGUAUUAUCGGGUAAAGGUCUUUGCAAUAUUUCGUCUACGUCCAGUGAUUCACCUGAAUAUGUAUUACAACAGCUUCGACGUGCCCUCCAAAGAAAAGGAAUUUUUUGUCGACAAAAAGGUUUUACACUGAUAGGAGGAACGGAAAGUGAUGAUACAGAGAAUGUGAAAGAAACUGUUGUUAGACCGUUCGCUUCGAGGAAAGCAUGUCGAUUUCAAUUGGAAGUAUGCCUAUUGGAAGGAGUUUGUGAUGGAAAGCCAUUAGUCGGAAUACGGAGAAAAAGGUUAAAAGGCGAUGCUUGGGUUUAUAAACGCGUUUGUGAACAAGUUCUAGCCAUGGCUGCUGAGCAUCCACCAUCGGAUUCAAACGAACAAACUGAUUCAAACUGUUUAAUUUAAUAAUAGGUUUAAAAGAUACAUUUUCAUACGAUUGUUCUAGAUAACAUUUUGUCCUAUGAUAAUAAUGUCAAGCGUUGAAUGGAUGACUUGUCUGUGUAACUUAUUGCUCAUGCAUUCCAUAUUUUUCCCCAUCUAAGAAAAGGAGAAAACAAAUAACUUUAAAUGAAUAUUUUUAUGGCAUUUAUAUGAAUUGAAAUAUUUGGAAUAAAAUCCUAAGUAAAGUGAAUAAAGUAGAAUUUUUCAUGUGCAGUUUGCAACAUGAACGAAUUCAACAGAAGAAA